CCGCAGUUCUCUUUUACGCAGUGGAGAUGAGCGCCCGGAUAGCGAACUCCAACCCGGCCAUGAAACUGAUAGUGCUCUUCACAGCCUCCCUAUCAUGGGCCUUCCAGCAGCAGGCCUUACCGCCAAAGUACCAGUACCGCGACCCUGUGACAUCUGACCUCCUGUGUGACCAGUGCCCUCCGGGCACAGCGGUGAAACGACACUGCACCGCUGACGCACCCACAGAGUGCCAGCCCUGUCCUGAGAGGCAUUUUGCUGAGAACUGGCACUGGGGGGAUAAGUGCCAAUACUGCACCUCGGUGUGUAAGGAGAGGCAGCUAGUGAAGCAGCAGUGCAACAGCACUCACGACCAGCUGUGUGAGUGUGCUCCAGGGUUCCACCUAGUGGUGGAGUUCUGCAUCACACACAGUACCUGUCCACCUGGCUACGGAGUGACAGCUUUAGGUACACCAGUGAGUGACACGGUUUGUGAGCAUUGUCCCGCUGGUCAUUUCUCCGCCGGCGGCUCCUCCACCGAGCCAUGUCGGCCCCACGGAAACUGUUCCGAUUUGGGCCUGAAGACACUGAGAUGGGGCACGUCCACUUCAGACAGCCUCUGUGGCAGUCAGGACAAGACGGCAGCACUGGAGUGCUCUCGGCAUCACACUUCGUGUCACACUGAUGUUACACUGUGUGAGGAGGCAGUCUUCCAGUCUUUAGCCUCGCUGCGACUGUCCUCGGUGCCCCUGGAGCGACUGUUGGAGAGUCUUCCGGGCCGGAGGGUGGAUCGUAAGAGCCUGGAGAGGCUGAAGAAGGCCUGCUCACCUCAGCAGCAGGUCCUUCACCUGCUGCGACUGUGGAGGGAGCAGAACAAAGACCAGGACAAACUCUACGGCAUCAUACAAGGUGUGAACCACUGUGAAAGGAAGGUCUCCCGCUGCAAUGGCCUGAAGAACCUGACCCUAGAUGACCUCCUGAAGGUCACGGACAGCCUGCCAGGGGUGAAAGUUCAGCAGGAGGACAUCCGGGCCGUGGUCUCUACCUGCCUGCCCAGGCAGUACAUCCUGCAGCUUCUUCACCUCUGGAAGACAGCAAACUUCGAACUGGAUCUAGUCAAAGGUCUGUCUCACAGUCUGAGGGUGCUGCGCAGUCAGGGGGCACCACGCUAUCUGCUGAAAGGCCUGAAGAAGAUCAGCCGCAUCAUAGGAACCACCUCCGCGCACAAGAUGUAUGAAAAGAUGUUUGUCAGUAUGCUUCAGGAUGAGUUGUGUUUUAAAGCUCAUAAGCCACUAAAUGAGUAAGGAAAUGGGAGGUACAUUUGCAUAUUUGCAAUCAAAAGCAUAAACAGACACUAAUGCUUUGUCAAAUAGUGAACACACAAACACAAAAAGAUACACACACAGUGAGCAGGAGGAUAAAUGUAUGUGAAAGAGUAACAGACAUGGGUCACAUGAUAAUGUCAGGUCUUUACGAUAUCACCACAUGAUAUCAAGCUAUGCGCAAUGUGCUUAGAGGUAUUUUGUCAUAAAGGCAAGAUGGGAAGGUAAAUUCCUCUUUCCAUCUCUGAUUUUCCAUCAAGAACCUAUGCCAAAAUAAGGAGGUUAAAAGGGAUGCUAACAGCUUCCCCCUGAGUGUACAGUAUCUGUCUGCAGUUAUGAAUCUAAUAAGCCUUAAAAUAAAGAAAAACACCAUCACCAUCAUAUCUGUGUACUCCAGGCAGACCAAAAAAAAAAUUAAGAAAAAAAAAAGUUUCCUGGAAACUUUUUGACCAGAGUCUGUGAAAAAAAAACUAUUUAAGAUGUAAAUAGCACACUAUUUUAUGGAUGAUGGGCUGGCAGAUUUUGUGUUUUUAUUAUUGUUGCUUUCUCGCUGUUUUGAGAGGAAGGAUUUGGUUUCAUAAUGAAAUACAUGUAUUUUCUACAGUUUUCCUUUGUUUGUUGGUUUGUUCUGGACUGCUGGCAAGUAAAGCUCAUCCGAUUUUUUUUUUUUUUUUUUUUUUUUUUUUUAAAUUGUCAGCUUUAUGAAUGUACAAAGGAGUGCAAUUGUUUUCUAUUUAAAAAAGUUUUACUUUCUGAAUAUGUAAAGGCUUGUUUUUAUUACUUCAUCAGAAAUACUGGAUUCCAAAUGCUGCAAGUUCAUGAGGUGAUAUUUGUUUUAUAUUUUGUUUUAUCACUUUUAUAUUAUUAAAUGUAUGAUCUGUAUUGUAUAUAUGCUCGACUGGUCCUCUUUAAGCUCGUGUAACUUGUGAACACUAAUGUCAAAUGAUUUGAUUUGAUUAAAAUCAGUUUGUAAAA